AUGGGUCCCAGCAACUUUGAGCUGCUGCGGGUGGUGGGCCAGGGAGCUUUUGGAAAGGUGUUUCAGGUCCGCAAGAAGGACAGUGGGCAGAUAUACGCCAUGAAGGUGAUGCGCAAGGAGCGCAUCCUGGCCAAGGACCACGGCGACUAUGUUCGCACCGAGCGUGAAGUGCUGACGGCAGUCUUCCAUCCCUACAUCGUCACUCUGCGCUGCUCCUUCCAGACGGCGACCAAGCUGUACUUGGUGCUGGACUUUGUGAAUGGCGGCCACCUGUUCUUCCAGCUGUACCGGCAGGGCAUCUUUGAUGAGGACCUGGCGCGGCUGUACACUGCAGAGAUGGUCCUGGCCAUUGCCCACCUGCACAGCCUGGGCAUCGCCCACCGCGACCUCAAGCCGGAGAAUGUGCUGCUGGACAGCGAGGGGCACAUUAAGGUGACUGACUUUGGCCUGGCCAAACGGCUGAGCGAUGACACGCGCACAAACAGCUUUAUCGGAACCAUGGAGUACAUGGCGCCAGAGGUGGUGGCAGGGAAGGGACAUGGCAAGGCGGUGGAUUGGUGGAGUGUGGGCAUUCUGCUGUAUGAGAUGCUGUGCGGCGUGCCACCCUUCCGCGCACGGGGGCGCGACAAGCUGCAGAAGCAGAUCAUGAGCGCCAAGCUCAAGCUGCCACCAUACAUGAGCUGCGAGGCGCAGAGCCUGCUGCGGGGGCUGCUGCAGCGCGAGCCGCCCAAGCGGCUGGGCUACGGCCCCACGGGCUCGGACGACGUGAUGCGGCACCCCUUCUUCAAGCCGCUCAAGUGGUCCAAGCUGCUGCAGCGCGAGAUGCCCUCGCCCUUCCGCCCCUCCGUCAAGCAUGCGCACAGCGUCGAGAACUUUGACAAGAUCUGGACCGACCUGGAUCCCGAGGACUCCCCCUGCGGCACUCCACCCGGCGAUGACCUCACCACCUUCCAGGCACGCUGCGCGCCGCCCCACAGAAAUUGCUUUUCCGAGGGGUUCAGCUACUGCGCACCCAGCUACCUGGAAGAGCUGGCCGCUUCGCGCCGCAAGAAGCCCGUCGCCAUUGGGUAG